CAACAUAUAACCAAACCCUCAUGAGAAUAGGGUCUAGGGAUUACAAUUAUUUCCACUGUCCCCCACAAAUAUUCCCACCUGCUCCUGCAACAUCUAAUGUUGUCUAAUAUCUAGAGCAAAUCUGAAAUAUAAUAAUCCCCCCAAAAUCUAGAAAUCACAACCACUGCAUGAAUAGCUGAAAAAUGGCAUAUAUGCAUUUGUUUGUAAAUACCAACAUGCUGAAAAGAAAUAGACUAGGAAGGGUAAAAACUGACAGAUGACCCUAGAAAUAUUCUGUGAGGUAUCUGCAGAGAGGAGAAACUCUUCCACAGCAAGGCUGUAGAUGUGAUAGCAAAAGGAAAAGGAAAAGGAAAGGGGAAAAAAAAGGAAAUAGGGAAAGCAGACUGACACACUAAAAAUAUUCCCAAUCAAAAAGGAAAACAUGUAUUAACUCAUACAUACAAAUAGAAAAAGAACAUGAAAUAAGAGAAAUUGACAAGGAUAGGCAGAGAGACUUGAAAAUAAGAAAGAAAGGUAAUGAACAAAACAGACAAAAAGGAAGUCCUGAAAGGCAUCCCAAAAUCCACAUUUUCAUAUCAUCUGCUGAACCAUAACAGCACAGCAGCUUGACACCCCAACAGCAUCCAUGGGAAAGAACCAGCUCCCCCUUCCCUUCCUUAGAGCAGGGCAAGUCCCUGCUCAGACUUUGACAAGCACAAAAAAAAGGCCUAGGGAAAAAUCAAACAGAAAGCAAAACUGAAAAUGAAACCAGGGAAAUCCUGCCUAGAGGAUGGUGAUGAUGAAUGGAAAGUGGUCCCAUAUAAAAGCUGCCACCAGCAGCAUCCCCAGCACAGAUCCUGCCUGCACCACCACCGAGAGAGACGCAGCACCCCCAGGCAGCACCCACAGCCACACCAUGCCUGCGCCCGCAACACCACACACCCGCCUUGGGCUCCUGCUCCUCCUGACGGCUCUCGCCACCGGCCUCGCCUGCCACCACCAGCCUGCCCGCGACGACACCUUCCCCUGGCGCAGCCUCCAGCUCCUCCAGGCCAUGGCUCCCAGCCCCACACCGCCCUGCCACCACCACCACCACCCGCCCCUCUUCCCCGACACCCUCCUGCACAGCACCCACCCGCAGCAAGCCGCCACCACCGCCCUCCGCAUACUCCAGCACCUCUUCAACACCCUCAGCAGCCCCAGCACACCCCAACACUGGCACAACCACCCGCGACAACAGCUCCUCAACAGCCUCGAUCAUUACAUUCACCACCUGAAGCGCUGCCUGGCAGGCAACGUCAGACGCUUCCAAAGCCGAGGACCACGCAAUCUGCUGCUCAACAUCAACAAGUACAUCCAUGGCGUCACCACCUACCUCCAGGACCACAACUACAGCGCCUGUGCCUGGGACCACGUUCGCCACGAGGCUCACACCUUGUUCCGACACUUGGACACACUCUUCCGGCGAAUGAGGAGUUGA